GAUCUUAGUCUACCCAAUGGCACACCUGUGGACACUUCAAGCCCAGCCUCCUCCUCGUCUCUUCUCAACAGACUGCAGCUGGAUGAUGACUUAGAUGGGGAAACUAGAGACCUCUUUGUGACUGUCGAUGAUCCCAAAAAACACGUGUGCACAAUGGAGACAUACAUCACAUACAGGGUUACAACAAAGACCACACGAGCAGAGUUUGAUUUGCCAGAGUAUUCUAUCCGCCGGCGGUACCAGGACUUUGACUGGUUGAGAAACAAGCUGGAAGAGUCUCAGCCAACGCAUCUCAUUCCUCCUCUUCCUGAGAAAUUUGUGGUAAAGGGUGUUGUCGAUCGCUUUUCUGAAGAGUUUGUAGAGACAAGGAGAAAAGCAUUAGACAAAUUCUUGAAGAGAAUAACUGAUCACCCAGUGCUUUCUUUUAAUGAGCACUUCAACGUGUUUCUCACAGCCAAGGAUCUUAGUGCCUACAAAAAGCAAGGAAUGGCAUUGCUGUCAAAGAUGGGGGAGUCUGUCAAAUACGUCACAGGAGGCUACAAAUUAAGAAGUCGACCACUAGAGUUUGCAGCCAUUGGGGAGUAUCUAGACACGUUCUCUCUAAAGCUUGGUACCAUUGACAGAAUAGCACAGCGGAUUAUCAAGGAACAGUUAGAAUACUUGGUGGAACUACGAGAAUAUGGACCUGUUUAUUCAACCUGGGGAGGGCUGGAGGUUGAGCUGUCGGAGCCACUGGAAGGGGUGUCUGCCUGUAUUGGGAACUGCUGCACAGCUCUUGAAGAACUCAGUGAAGACAUGACAGAAGACUUCCUGCCUGUGCUUAGGGAAUAUAUAUUGUACUCAGAGUCGAUGAAGAAUGUGUUGAAGAAAAGAGACCAAGUUCAAGCAGAGUAUGAAGCAAAACUGGAAGCAGUAGCCUUGAAAAAAGAAGAUCGUCCAAAGGUACCCACAGAUGUUGAGAAAUGCCAAGACCGAGUAGAGUGUUUCAAUGCUGACCUGAAAGCAGAUAUGGAGAGAUGGCAGAACAACAAAAGACAAGACUUCAGGCACCUACUGAUGGGUAUGGCAGAUAAAAACAUCCAGUACUACGAGAAGUGCCUUACGGCGUGGGAGUCAAUUAUACCACUAUUGCAAGACAAGCCAGAGGCCAAAUAAGAAGUAUCUUCAUGGACAGUCUAGCACUUCUGUGCUCAGUACCACUAGACAUACUGGAACUGUUUGAAGGACUCCUUUAGUCAAGUUAACUGAAAUGCCAGCUGCACUCGGGCUGGAACAGACACUCUGAAAACUAUUUGAGUUUUUUUCUCACUUUGUGUUUAAACUGGGGUAUAUUUCAUCUUUUUGAGUUAUCUUGAAUGGUUCCUUCUUUAUCCUAUGGAGUGAUUGGGGGUUGAUAGUGGAAGUGCACGGGGAUAUUGAUAAAACUUACCUCUAGUCUGGAAGGAACUAAUGAGUGGAACACUAAAAAGAUGUAAAUAAAACUCUACUGCAAGGUGCCAAAUGACAUCUUUAUUAC